AUGAGACCACCAAUGCUCGCCCUGCAAUCAGACAAGUCGCCCGAAGAAACCCCAAAAGCGACGCCGCAUCUCCUCCCCUGCCGCGUCCACCACGACGGCCCCGUUGAGCCUGCGAAGUCUUUUUGGAACCCCAAAACCGCCGACGAUGGGACCAAAAUAGCCUACUUCCGCGGCCGCAAGCUGCAGGGCAAGGCCGUGAAGCUACCCGAGGGAUACCGCGGCGCCGUGGCAGCCACCGUGGAACGGUUGGAGGACCACGUUAUUGACAUCGAGGUCGACAUGCCUGAGGGGAGUCUGCAGGUCCAGGCCGAAUUCGACGAGAUGAUUGUGUGGGGGCAAGAGGCCCCCGUGGACGCCUCAGACCCAUACUUGAGGGGUGCCGAGGAGUGGCUGGCCCUUGCGGAGAAGAUUCACGCGUACCCUGCGCAGGAGGCCAAGGGGAAAUGA